UUUUUUUUUUUUUUUUGAGAUGGAGUCCAGGCUGGAGUGCAGUGGUGUGAUCUUGGCUCACUACAACCUCCGCCUCUUGGGUUCAAGUGAUUCUUCUGCCUCAGCCUCCCGAGUAGCUGGUACUACAGGUGUACUUCACCAUGCCCAGCUGAUUUUUGUAUUUUUAGUAGAGACGGGGUUUCACCAUACUGGCCAGGCUGAUCUCGAAUUCCUGACCUCAGGUGAUCUACCCCCCUCGGCCUCCCAGAGUGCUGGGAUUACAGGCGUGAGCCACCGUGCGUGGUUGCCCUAUGUUUUUUUGCCUUUUAGUAUUGCCUUGUCCCUUUACGUUCAUAGCUAGACAUGAUGUACUGAGUAAAAGGAAUUACUUUUAAUAGUACUUUACUAAUGUGGUGAUGAGAUGUCAGGAAAGGGUGAGCAUUCUGUAGGCCCCUGAUUAGGUCUGUCUCUUUGUGAGCCUGUUCUCCUGGACUCUCAACCUCACAAGUAUUUCCCAGGCCACCCUCACCCCAACCCUUAGAUGGGACAGGAUGGAAUUUGGUAUAUCUCUCUUCCCUCAGGUUAGUUAAGCUCUGACAAAACCCCAGUAUAUUAGGCUCUGGGAACCUGGUUGAGCUCCUGAAAGUAAAACUCAGAAAAGCUUGGGACUUUGUCUCCCUCCACUCCCACCAUGACUGGGUCCCCCUGGACUUUUUAACUUCAGACAUGGACACACCUAGCCUCUAGCAAUUUGUCAGUUGCAGUUCAGGUAUUUCUGUCCUGACGCUUUCUCACAGAGAUUUGUGAUCUGGUAACUACUAUGUUUCUGCCUGUCUCUAAUUUUGGGGACAGUGGUUUGUUUGCCUUGUAUCUUCACUUCUCUUUCAGAUCUAAGAAGAGUUGUUGAUUUUUCAGUUUGUUAAACUUCUUACUUGUUAGGACAGAGUGGCUACUUCCAAACUCUUUACAUGCAGAACUGGAACUAUUAAUUUUUGAUGAUACAGUUGAUUCUCUUAGAACACAAUUCAGUCUCUUAUAACCACCCACCCAUCCCAAUCCCCUCUCUCUCCUCAGAGGUAAUCAGUUUGAUAGAUAUUCUUCUAGGUCUUUCCCUGUACAUUUUUAAUGCAUAUGUUUAUAUCCUUAAAAUGUUUGUGUUGGCUUAUUUUUGUGAAGUUGUAUGAUAUUCUGUUGUAUGAACAUUUCAUAAUUUGUCUGUUGUAAUAAUCUGUUAUCAUCAACAUCAGUGUUUAGGUUGUUUUCAGUUACUGGCUAUUUUAGAUAACACGACUGUGAACAUUUUUGUACAUUUGUUUUGGUAGACAUCAACUAUCAUUUCUGUGAGGCACAUACCAGGAUUUUUCAACCUCAGCACUAUUGACAUUUUGGAUGGAAUAAUUCUUUGUUGUGGAGGAACGUCCUGUGCAUCGUGGGUUGCUGAGCAGCAUUCCUGGCCCCGACUUAUGUAGGUGCCAGUAGCACUGCCCCACUAUGACAACCGUAAAUGGCCCCAGACAUUGUCAAAUGCCCCCGGGGGGCAAAAUCUCCCUCCUGCCCAUUGAGAACCACUGGGCACAUACUUACGAAUGAUACUGUCGAGUCAUUGUAUACAUAUAUUUAAAUUUAGUACAUACUCUUAGUUUUCCAAAGUGGCGAAAUGACUUCACAUUCCCAGUACCAGGAAUUGAGAGCUGCAUUUGCUCUAUAUCCCUUUUUAUUUUCAUGGAAAAGAGGUUUUCCACUUUUCAAAAAAUUGCACCACCGUAGUUGAUGUGGGUGUGUUGUGUAGGCGUUAGCGGUAUUGCCCUCACCAUGCGCUCACUGGACAGUAACACAACCCCACGAGAAGGAUGGUUUGCUCCACAUCCUUAACAGACUUGUAUUGGCCAUUGUCCCAUUGAUGCUCAUUUCAGGGAUCAGUUAUUUGUUUCUAAAUGUCUCCUUGUUUUUUUUUUUUUUUUUUUAAUUCCGGUUCUCCUUUUAUUCACUGUAUACAACUUCUCUGUAUUUUAAAUAUUUACAUAGUUAUAUAUUAUGAUAGUUAUUUGUAAUAUUACUUGUUUGCUAACAUCGUCUGGAUCAUCUGUGCAUCUUUAUCAAUUAUCUGCCUAUUCCUUUUGUCAGUCAUAUUUUCCUGCCUCGUGUCUCAAAGUUUUUAAUUUUUUGCUGACAUUGUUUUAAAAGGAAUAACCACAGAGACUGAAGUUUACUGUUGUGGUUUUUUUUGAGACAGAGUCUUGCUCUGUCGCCCAGGCUGGAGUGCAGUGGCGCGAUCUUGGCUCACUGCAACCUCCGCCUCCUGGGUUCAAGCAAUUCUUCUGCCUCAGCCUACCCAGUAGCUGGGAUUACAGGUGCCCACCACCAUGCCUGGAUAAUUUUUGUAUAUUUAGUAGAGACGGGAUUUCACCAUGUUGGUCAGGCUGGUCUCAAACUCCUGACCUCAGGUGAUCCACCCACCUUGGCCUCCCAAAGUGCUGGGAUUACAGGGGUGAGCCACCAUGCCUGACCUUACUGUUGUUUUAUAUCAGAGGAUAUUUCCCCUUUUCUCUGUCAUGCAGUAGGGGAAUGGCUGAUCACCUCAAUCAAAACAGGAAUUGAGCUGUUUAGGGGCUGUACUCUGUUACCUGUGGCUUCAGGUUUCUGGAUGGUAUAUUUAUUGCAGGCUCCUCUCUACUGGUACUUUGUUUCUGGAGCACCUUGAGGCUGCGGGAGACUCAGUCUGCCAUUCCAGCCCAGCCUGUAGCUUCUUGCACUGACCAGCACUCAACAGAUGUCCCAUGGGGAAAACUCACUGUCCACUGGGGCACAUCAAAACCUUCACUGGUUUCUCUUUCCCCUAGAAUAGUCCUCUGUCUGGGCCGAGCCCUUCCUUCACUGUUCUCAAGCUGAGCAAAUGGCCCAGCGAGGUAACAGCCAGCAAUUUUAGCUCACCCAAGGCGAGCUCUUUUCUCUCUGCAAUUUUAGUUUGUUUAGUCCUCCUUCCUUCCACAGGUCUCUGGUGUUUUAAAAAAGAUAAGAGUAUUUAAAAUUUUCUAGUUGUAGCAGUAGUAGUCCAAGCAUAUGAUUUUAUUUUACAUUAAUGAGAGUUAGAAUUAUUAGAUGAAAUAAAAUGAAAAACUUCCUUGGUAUUUUCAUUGAGAAUUUAUCAAAUGUGUAAAUUAAUUUGUGGAAAAUUAAUAUCUUUGCCAUGUAAGUCUACUCAUCAUAAACAUGGCAUGUUGCUUCAAUCUCUUUGUACUUACAUAUUUUAUCAUGUGUAUUUUUUGUUAGGUUUUCCUGUGUUUUAAAGCUUUUUAUUCCUAAGUACUUUCUAGAUUUGUUACUGUGAUCAUAUAGGCAUUUUCUUACUAUAUUUUCUGGUUGGUGACUGCUAAUGUGCCAAAAAGCUAUUCCUUAUUGUUUUGUUUAAAACUGCUACCCUGUUGACUUUUCUUACUGGUUCUCAUGGUUUUUUGUUUUGUUUUGUUUUUGUUUUUUUUUUUCUUAGAAAGAAACAUUUAAUAGGGACUUAAGAACAGAAGCCAUGUCUGUGUCUCAUGCAGUGGCAAGACAAAGUGGUGGAUCCCUGCACCAUUACCCCCAGACCCAGUGCUUCUAGACCGUAGGGAGGGGUGGUUCAGAAGGGAUGUGUAGGACAGUUGAAGUACGGUUACAUCAAGGUUGUUUGACCUAAGGGUAGGAUUUAUGGUAAGUACCUGGUCUGACACAAGGAACAACAGAUGAACUGGAAAUCUUAGAGGCCUUCCCAGAACAGGGGCUAAUCAGAAGCCCACAUGGUAGAUGAACUUCCAAGAUGGAGUCCAGAACAGGGGUUAAUCAGAAGCCCACAUGGUCGAUGAGCUUCCAAGAUGGAGUCCAGAACAGGGGUUAAUCAGAAGCCCACAUGGUAGAUGAACUUCCAAGAUGGAGUCCAGAACAGGGGCUAAUCAGAAGCCCACAUGGUAGAUGAACUUCCAAGAUGGAGUCCAGAACAGGGGUUAAUCAGAAGCCCACAUGGUAGAUGAACUUCCAAGAUGGAGUCCAGAACAGGGGUUAAUCAGAAGCCCACAUGGUCGAUGAGCUUCCAAGAUGGAGUCCAGAACAGGGGUUAAUCAGAAGCCCACAUGGUAGAUUAGCUUCCAAGAUGGAGUCCAGAACAGGGGUUAAUCAGAAGCCCACAUGGUCAAUGAGCUUCCAAGAUGGAGUCCAGAACAGGGGUUAAUCAGAAGCCCACAUGGUCGAUGAGCUUCCAAGAUGGAGUCCAGAACAGGGGUUAAUCAGAAGCCCACAUGGUAGAUUAGCUUCCAAGAUGGAGUCCAGAACAGGGGUUAAUCAGAAGCCCACAUGGUCAAUGAGCUUCCAAGAUGGAGUCCAGAACAGGGGUUAAUCAGAAGCCCACAUGGUCGAUGAGCUUCCAAGAUGGAGUUGCUUUGGCCUUCACACUUCACCUCCCAGUCCAGCUUCUCUAUCUUAUGCGCCCUCCUCUGAACGUUAGGUAGGGUGCCUGAUAUUGCAGAGCUUUAGCAGCAGUGCAGUGGAAAACAGAUUAGGCCAAGGAGGGUUCCAAAUUAAGGAGGUUCACAGGGUUGUUGAAUCAUUUCUAGUCUUCAGAAUACUAUGACUUUGCUUGUCUCAGAUGAAGUAAAACAAUGAGAGAUAUAUAACAAUAAUUUGAAUAAUAGAAAUAGAAUGCACGCAAGGAUUACAAACGAAAGAGAACUUUUGAUUGUGCCGGAACAACAGCAGCAAAUAACCUGUUCCGUUAAUGGGCCGACUAAAAGUAUCAUGAAGAAAAUGAAAACCUGGUUCCUUUUUAGGGACUUCUUGUAGCCAGGAAAUAAUUCAGAGUUAGCCCAAAUUAUAGGCAAAUAAUAAAAACUCAGAACAGCGAUCAGAAUCUAAAAUUUUCUCUCUCUGGUGUCCCUACUUCUACCAAGAAUAAGUCAUAGCAGGACCAACUUAUUUGCAAAUAAAUUUUGAUCUUAUUAUACUUGGCCUGGUUAUUUGCAUAAAGAAUAGCAAGAAUAGUGACCAGCCAUGUAGGCUUCUUUUAAGUUGACUUUGCUGGAGCUUUUUUUUUUUUUUUUCUUUUUUCUUUUUGAGACGGAGUCUUGCUCUGUCGCCCAGGCUGGAGUGCAGUGGUGUGAUCUUGGCUCACUGCAACCUUCGCCUCCCGGGUUCAAACGAUUAUCCUGCCUCAGCCUCCUGAGUAGCUGGGAUUACAGGUGUGUGCCAGCACGCCUGGCUAAUUUUUGUAUUUUUAGUAGACAUAGGGUUUCACCAUGUUGGUCAGGCUGGUCUCAAACUUCUGACCUCAUGAUCUGCCCUCCUCAGCCUCCCAAAGUGCUGGGAUUACAGGCGUAAGCCACCGCUCUCGGCCUUGCUGGAACUUUUUAAAGGAAUUUUGGAUUUGACUUUUUUAAAAGCUUAGAAGGCCAGAAGCCAAGCCAAGGAUUUGCUGCUCAACUGUGCUUGUAACACCUGUAUGAAUUCCUGUCUUCUCGAGAUCCCAAAAUACCAUGAGGUUCCUGAGCCUGUUAGAAAGUGACAUUCUUUACUUGCCACAGAUCAGGAAUCUUUAAGGUGGACAAGGUACCAGGCAAGUCUUUCCAAGGGGCUUUUUAUCAGCUCUAUAAAUCCAACCUAAAUUUCUCAAAGCAGCCUGGUUAUAUCUGAAAAUAUGCCAUUCCAUUUGAGGCCUUGAUAAAAUAACCAGUCUCUCCAAUUGUGUCCUUUUUACAAAAGAAAACAGAUUCUUGCUGAACUUAUGCAAAUAACUCUAUUGCCAUAAAAUCAGAAUACUCAUGAAUAGUUUCCAAAUUUUGGAGAAAUCAGGUAGAGAGAAAGGUAAAUUUUGCUCACAAAACAUACUUUACCCAAUUGCCCUAAGCUAUAAAUAACUCAGAGAGAUUCUUGACUCUUCUUUAAUCAGAGCAGCAGUCUUCCAAACAGGAUGUCAUUUGUUCACCUUGGAACUGCCAUCCACAAAUCAAGCAGCUCUUUGUCAGUCAGGUGAGAGCUGUUUAUCAGGGACUGUCGAAUCCAACAGCUGUUUACACAGUUCCAGAGUCAGUGGAACAGAAGCCAUGUCUGUGUCUCAGGCAGCUGCAAGACAAGAUGGUGGAUCUCCACCAGUUCUCAUUUUAUCUCAGCUGAUUCUCUUAGUUUUUUGUUUGUUUGUUUGUUUGUUUGAGAUGGAGUUUCACUCUUUGUUGCCCAGGCUUGAGUGCAGCGGCACGAUCUCAGCUCACUGCCAACCUCCGCCUCCCGGGUUCAAGUGAUUCUCCUGCCUCAGCCUCCUGAGUAGCUGGGAUACAGGCGCCCACCACCACACCUGGCUGAUUUUUUUGUGUUUUUAGUAGAGGUGGGGUUUCACUGUGUUAGUCAGGAUGGUCUCGAUCUCUUGACCUCAUUAUUUGCCUGCCUCAGCCUCCCAAAGUGCUGGGAUUACAGGUGUGAACCACCGCACCCGGCCGCCAUGUGUUUUUAAAGAAAAUGAUUUUAGUGGUUUACACAAAGUAUAAUAUUUUCUAUAGUUUUAGGGAAGAAACACUUUAUUGUGUCAAGGAAAUUCCUUGUACUUUGCUUUAAAUUCUAAGUUUUGAAAGUGUUGAAAAAUUUUUUUUUUUUGAGGGGGAGUCUCGCUCUUGUUGCCCAGGCUGGAGUGCAAUUGCGUGAUCUCAGCUCACUACAACCUCCACCUCCUGGGUUCAAGUGAUUCUCCUGCCUCAGCCUCCCGUCACCAGGCCCGGUUAAUUUUUUUGUAUUUAGUAGAGACAGGGUUUCACCAUGUUGGUCAGGCUGGUCUCGAACUCCUGACCUCAAAUGAUCUGCCUGCCUCAGCCUCUGAAAGUGCUGGGAUUACAGGUGUGAGCCACUGCGCCUGGCCUCCUAGGUUCUCUUUUUGUGUGUCACCAGUAUUAUGCCUUUACCUCAUUUUUCUCAUAAAUCCUAUGGCUUUUUAUGCAACUUUGCAUGGUGUGAUUUUUUGCAGCAUAUAUGUCCCAUUACAGUAGAACUGUUUAUCAUAAUCUCUUGUGAAAUUUUAAAUCUCUUAAGAGUUUUGGACUGCUUCUUAGUCAUAAAAUUUUCUUUUUAAAUUUUCUUUUAAUCAUGCUGGGUCAAUUCAAAAUUUUAACAGUUAUUUUGUAUUUUACUUUUAUUCUUUUAUUUAUUUAUUUUGAGUUAGAGUCUUGCUCUGUUGCCCAGGCUGGAGUGUAGUGGCACGAUCUCGCUCACUGCAGCUUCCACCUCCUGGGUUCAAGUGAUUCUCCUGCCUCAGCCUCCCGAGUAGUGGGGACUACAGGCAUGCGCCGCCAUACCUGGCUAUUUUUUUUUUUUUUUUUUGAGAUGGAAUCUCGCUCUGUCACCCAGGCUGGAGUGCAGUGGCACGAUCUUGGCUCACUGCAAGCUCCGCCUCCAGGGUUCACGCCAUUCUCCUGCCUCAGCCUCCCGAGUAGCUGGGACUACAGGCGCCUGCCACCACACCCAGCUAAUUUUUUGUAUUUUCUGUAGAGACAGGGUUUCACCAUGUUAGCCAGGAUGGUCUCGAUCUCCUGACCUCAUGAUCCGCCCGCCUUGGCCUCCCAAAGUGCUAGGAUUACAGGUGUGAGCCACUGUGCCCAGACUAAUUUUUGUAUUUUUAGUAGGACAGGGUUUCACUAUGUUGGCCAGGCUGGUCUUGAACUCCUGAUUGCAGGUGAUCCACCCACCUCUGCCUCCCAAAGUGCUGGGAUUACAGGCGUGAACUACCAUGCCUGGCCUGUUUUUAUUCGUAUCAAGCUUAAAGAAAUAGUAAAAGGCUUUAAAUAAAAUAGACAAUAAGCCUCCUGGUCUACCCGCUGCUCCUGGUCUACCCGCUGUCUGCUGUGCACCUUCCCUCUUCCAUCCUGUGUCCCCAGAAGCAGCCACUUUGGGUUCCGUUUCGUCUUCUGCUGUCGACCUCCAGCUUCUAAUAUGGUCACAUCGAAGUGACUUGUUUCAUGUUUCUUCUCCCUCAGAUUUAAAGUAACCAGCUUGAUAAGCACCUCAACGUAAUAAGGGCACAGUAGUGGCUUCAUUUUUCUCAUCACAGCCUCAGGCUUCCUGUCAGCCCUUGCCUAGUGCUCGUCGUGAGGAGAGCUGAUGAUGCUCUGGUCACAGCCUUGUUUGUUAUUGACUCUCAGUUACUUUCAGGUAUGGGAAAGUUCAGUCCACACUCUCACUCCAAGCUCUUGUACCUCCCCUCAUUCUAGCCUGCAGAGGGGAGAUGGAGGAGGCUUGUCUGUAUUCCCACUUCAUUUACUUGUUGCCCUCCGAUGGGGGCUCCUUCUGGGUUGGGGUGGGAAAAUCAGUGGUUAGAGAAAAAGACACAGAGUCUCCUGUUGUGCGGUGGUCAGUACCCAGAGUUAUGACAGGCAUCAGUGGGGCUUGGUUGGAGCCUCUGACAGGGCUCUGCUCUGCAGUUCCAUGGUGUAUGUGAUUCUUUCUCUCACUGCGUGCAGACUCACCCAGAAGUCCACUCACUGCCUCUUCCCCUGGGGUCUCCCUCCCUGCAGGUAGUGCUGCUGAGGAGGAGCCUGCUAAUGAGCUCAAGUGUCGAGUUCGGGAAUCUUCUGGGUGUUCCUUGGGCCCAGGGAAACAGUGCCCUGCCUGAGGGAUUAUUGUCGUUCAAGGAUAUAUCUAUGGAGUUCACCUGGGAUGAAUGGCAGCUACUGGAUUCUACACAGAAGUACCUGUACAGAGAUGUGAUAUUGGAAAACUAUCAUAACCUGAUAUCAGUGGGGUAUCAUGGUACCAAGCCUGACUUAAUCUUCAAGUUGGAACAAGGAGAAGAUCCAUGGAUAAUAAAUGCCAAAAUUUCCAGGCAGAGCUGUCCAGAUGGCUGGGAAGAAUGGUACCAGAACAAUCAAGAUGAGCUUGAGAGUAUUGAAAGAAGCUAUGCUUGUAGUGUGUUGGGAAGACUUAAUCUGAGCAAAACCCAUGAUUCUUCAAGACAGAGACUCUAUAACACACAUGGAAAAAGUUUGACACAAAACUCAGCUCCAAGCAGAAGUUAUUUAAGAAAGAAUCCUGAUAAGUUUCAUGGUUAUGAAGAACCAUAUUUUCUUAAGCAUCAAAGAGCUCAUAGCAUAGAAAAAAACUGUGUGUGUAGUGAAUGUGGGAAAGCUUUUCGUUGUAAGUCACAGCUCAUUGUACAUCUCAGAAUUCAUACAGGAGAGAGACCUUAUGAAUGCAGUAAAUGUGAAAGAGCCUUCAGUGCCAAGUCAAACCUCAAUGCUCAUCAGAGAGUUCAUACAGGAGAAAAACCCUACUCAUGUAGUGAGUGCGAGAAGGUCUUCUCUUUCAGGUCACAGCUCAUUGUCCAUCAGGAAAUUCACACAGGAGGGAAACCCUAUGGCUGCAGUGAAUGUGGGAAAGCCUACAGUUGGAAAUCACAGCUUCUUUUACACCAGAGAAGUCACACAGGAGUGAAACCGUAUGAAUGCAGCGAAUGUGGGAAAGCCUUUAGUUUGAAGUCUCCAUUCGUUGUACACCAGAGAACUCAUACAGGAGUGAAACCCCAUAAAUGCAGUGAAUGUGGGAAAGCCUUUAGGAGUAAGUCCUAUCUCCUUGUUCACAUCCGAAUGCAUACAGGAGAAAAACCCUAUCAAUGCAGUGAUUGUGGGAAAGCCUUCAAUAUGAAGACACAACUCAUUGUACAUCAGGGAGUUCACACAGGAAAUAAUCCUUAUCAAUGCGGUGAAUGUGGGAAAGCCUUUGGUAGGAAGGAACAGCUCACUGCACAUCUGAGAGCUCAUGCAGGAGAGAAGCCCUAUGGAUGCAGUGAAUGUGGGAAGGCUUUCAGCAGCAAGUCAUACCUUGUUAUACAUAGGAGAACACACACCGGAGAGAGACCCUAUGAAUGUAGUUUGUGUGAGAGAGCCUUUUGUGGAAAAUCACAGCUGAUUAUACAUCAGAGAACUCAUUCAACUGAGAAGCCCUAUGAAUGCAAUGAAUGUGAAAAAGCCUACCCUAGGAAGGCAUCACUUCAGAUACACCAGAAAACUCAUUCGGGAGAGAAACCUUUUAAAUGCAGUGAAUGUGGAAAAGCCUUCACUCAGAAGUCAUCUCUCAGUGAACAUCAGAGAGUUCACACCGGAGAGAAACCAUGGAAAUGCUCUGAAUGUGGGAAAUCCUUCUGUUGGAAUUCAGGGCUUCGUAUACAUCGGAAGACUCAUAAAUGAGAAAUCAGAAUGAUGCAAUGUGAGAAACUGAUGUUCAGGAGACUUUGGAUAAUAUAGAUAGGAUUUACAAGCAGGAGGCCCUAAAAUUACACUCAUGUCAAAAAUCAGAGAGGAGAGAGACCAACCAUAUUUGGGAUGAGUGUAAAAGCUUUCAGAAAUAAGUUACAAAUCUUUGUAGAUGAAAAUAAUGGAAGGAAUGUGGAGCAAUAAAUGUAUCAAAUGUUGUAGUAUCAUCAUGAAGAUUCAGAGAAUUUACACUAGGAACACCUUAUAAGUUGAAUAAAUUAAGGAAGCAUUUUCCCAUUGAAAGUGUGUUCCAUGGAAAGUCACAUUCCAGAUUUAAAGCUGUGUUUUUGUAAAAUAAAAUCUUGUUAUGAACAGUUGACUUCAUGGUGGAGUAUAAAGUUUUUUUUUUUAAAAUAUGUAAAUAAUGUUCAGGAAAAACGCAGGGAACAGAUUCUUAAAGUUAACGGAUAUUUAAUGUGACUUCCCUGAGUUAACACUGAAUAGUAUUUCUAAAAUUUUUUGUACUUUAUUUUUUAAUGUAACUUGUUCUAUCUAUAUAUAUAUUUGAUAGUUUGUGGAAUAAUAUCCCCCAGUAUUUUCCAUAUUAAAUGCUAAUUAUCUUUUGAUUUCUUUUUCAUAAGCAGAUCUGGCAUUUAUUACAGGGCUGCCGCUUAAGAGAACUCAUUGUAAUGAACGUUUAUUAUAUUUUGCAGUUCCAUGCCUGUUGUCCAUUGAUUGACAUGAGCACCCUUGUUUUCUCUGGAGAAAUACCUCCCCUCUCUGGGGUGCUUCCUGUGGUAGUGUCUUUCAGGUAUCCAUUCCACUAGCUACAGGUGAGCAUUUUACCCAUUGUUGGAUAAUGGUAAUCUCUUUUUCAGAAUUUUGAGUCUGUAAUUCAUUUGUACAUGAACCAGAAAAUGUGGGAACUCAUUCAUUCUUGUCCCAGAAUUCUGUUGAGAAUAUCCAUUCAUUCUGGCUAAUUGAUUACAAGAAUAACUGUGGAUAUGAUCCCUUUAGAACCUGCUUCUCUGAUCUGUGUGUUUCCUCACUUCUCAAUAAAAAUGUCUUUUGCUUUUU